AUGCUUUUCUUUCUUUCUUUCUUUCUUUCUUUCUUUAUUUUAUUUUUUUUCUUUUGCGCCCCCCCCUCGUCUUUCGCAGUAUUUAACACUUCUUUUCUUCUUCAUACCCUCUCUCCCUCUCUUUUCGGUUACACACUUUCUGAAUUCUUUCUUUCUUUCUUUCUUUCUUCUUCUUCUUCUUCUUCUUCUUCUUCUUAUUAUUAUUAUUAUUAUUAUUAUUAUUUUCUCUCUCUUUUUCCGCCCGGGUUCUCAUUUUUUUUUCUUUCUUUUCUCUCCCUUCUUUCAUUCUUUCGGUCCCAUCUCUUCUUUCUUUCCUUCUUUCUUUUUUUCUCUCUCUCCUUUCAGUCCAUUCUCUAUUUUCUUUCUUUCUUUCUUUUCGCUCCAUUCUUCUUUCUUUCUUUCUUUCUUUCUUUCUUUUCACUCCAUUCUUCUUUCUUUCUUUCUUUCUUUCUUUCUUUUUUUUCUUUCUUUCUUUUCGCGCCCUUCUUUCGGUUUCAUCUCUUCUUUCUUUCUUUCCUUCUUUUUUUCUCUCUUUUCACUGCCUUCUUUCCUUCUUUCUUUCUUUCUUUCUUUUUUUCUCCUUUUUUUAGUAUUAGCUUCUUUUUUUCUUUCUUUCUUUCUGUUUUGCUUUCUGUCUGGCUUUCUUUCUUUCUGUCUCUCUUUCAUUUUUUUCUGUCUUUCUUUCUUUCUGGUUUUUCUUUCUGUCUGUCACUGUUGCUUUCUUUAUUCUUUCUGUCUGUCUUUCUUUCUUUCUGCUUGUCUGUCUGUUUUUCUUUCUUGCUUUCUGUUUUUCUUUCUGUCUGUCUGUCUUUCUUUCUUUUUCUUUUUUUCAUUGCUUUCUGCUUGCAUCGUAUUUUCCUAACCUUCAUUUUUAACUACUUUUUUCUUUCAUUCUUUUCAUCUUCUUUCUUUUUUCUUUCAUUUCAGAUAUUUUUUCCUUGUCUUCCUUUUUUUUUUUAA